CAAACGAGUGCCAGAAUCUCCAUUACUUCUCUGCAACCAUUCUCCUGCCCACCUUCACCCAUCAAUGGACGCCAACAUGUACAUUCCCCUCCCAGAAGAGCUCGAAUGGCUGGAAGCCAAUUCUCACCUCCACCAAGACCUCGAAGACUACGAAGACCAAGAACCCCCAGAACCCUACCCUGAAGAAGAAGAAGAAGAACAGCUCCCUGAACCUCCUUCACCACUCUCACAACCUCAAGUCAAUGGCCAGAAACGCCCCCUAUCCGACGGACCAGAUGCCCCCGAUUUUGGAAAGCGUAGCAAAGCUGAUCUGUCUGAGACCGGAGCUGAGGAAGAUUGGCUGCGGUACUCGCUGCCGCAGGACAGUGACCGCGAUUUGGAGCCUAUGGUUGUUGAUGAGGAGAGAAUCGUUUCGCGAUACGCGUCAGAGAUUGACGGUGAUUGUAUUCCGGUGACUGGACCAGGUGGCGACAGGGUUUACUUGAAGAUUAGCGCGACUGGGAGCGACGGGAGGUUGAAGAAACUUGAUUUAGAGGGACGCACCAAGGGUCUUAUUUUGGAACCCAUUAGUGUUCUAAUGCAAAGAGUGGAACAAGAUGCUUUCACAAAGGCUUUGCAAGCAAGUUCUGAAUUGCAGAAUGAUGCAAUCCUCCCUGAAACACAAGUGGUCAAUGAACAACUUUGGGUGGAUAAAUAUGCUCCAAGUUCAUUUACAGAGCUUCUCAGUGAUGAACAAACAAAUCAUGAGGUCCUCUUGUGGUUGAAACAGUGCGAUUCCUGUGUUUCUGGAUCUGAAAUUAGGAGCACGACGGAGGAGGUCUUGUCUGCUUUGAGACGACAUUCUUCCAUUGCUCAACAUCAAAGGCCCUCUGGUAUGAGCUUUCUUAGGAAGAAUAAAGGACAACGAUUGAGUGAUGGAAACUCCAGAUACUCUAAUAAUUUGGAUCAAGAAAAUGGGAAUUUGAAAGGCCUUCAGGAGUUGUGGAAUAAAAAGUCAAGGGGUACUGGUCCUCCAAAACAAAAGAUAAAUGCUAGUGAUGAUCGGUCAUCUUCAACAAUUGAAGCUAAAAUCCUUGAUGUGGUCCAGAUGAACUCUGUCAUGGUAGAUUCGAAGCCCAAUUGUUUGGUGAUUGAUGAAAUAGAUGGAGCUCUUGGUGAUGGCAAGGGUGCUGUGGAGGUUAUUCUAAAAAUGGUUUCUGCUGAAAGGAAAGCUGAUAAUAGGAAGAGAAAUGUUGCUAAAGUAGAUGAGUCAGGACAGAUAUCCUAAAAAAAGGGGCAUAAAACUACAUCAUUGUCAAGACCUGUGAUUUGCAUAUGUAAUGAUCUAUAUGCACCUGCCCUGAGGCCUUUGCGUCAGGUAGCAAAGUGAGUCUUUCUUACUGCAAAUAAUGUAUUAUGGGAAACUUAUGUUGGCUUCUCUUUGCCAAAAUUGUAAGAGUCUAUCAUAGGGAAGUCUGGACCUCUUAUUUAUUGAAGAUGGAUGUGUGAAGGAAAAAUUUAAAAUAGCAGAUAAAGGCACUACACUAGAUACAUUUAAGAAUUGUGAUUGUAGUUUAUCAUUGUAUGCUGCAAAAGUCAGGUUGGGUUUGGUUCCUAAGAUGUGUUAUGAUUCAGUUGUGGAUUCUGUUGUUCCUUGUAAAAUCUAGUUUGUGUUUUGGCUAGCAGAAAAUGUAAGCUUAAUAUAUUUUGUUUAAAGAAAUAUUUCAUCUAGUUCU